CUGUGGCGGUAUAUCGUCAGUUCUCUCACUGCUCCACGCGAUGGCAGUGUUAAACCAGGUCGACUAACGUCACAGUUAAACAGAAGAAGAAGCAAUAGUUUCCUGUUUUUUGCUGGUUCAAACUCAAAGCGGGACAACAACCAGCUCUCUACCUGCCAGAAAAAAAACAUCGUUGACAUGGAAUUUGAUGGGAGCAUCUUGACCAAAUGUACCGGUGAUGGAAAGCUGGCGGAAGAGAGAGAACACACGCAGCAACAGAUGACUCUCCACUGUCAGCAGUGCAACACUGUGCUGGGGGACUCUCAUGGCGUCUGUGGGGAGAUUAAAUGUAUGGACUCUAUCAUGUGUCUGAAAGUAACCAAUGAUGUGGUCAUCAGUGAUAAAAUGGAGUUAAGACACAAAGGGGAAAUGGCUAAUUGCAUCUACAGCUCUCUGAAGUGUCGCAGCUGCGGCUCUGCUGUGGGGAAAGUCAUUCACUCGGCCCCGCUGCGUUUGGCCAUGGUUCGCUCCAUCUUUCUCUUCAACAAAGCAAACAUCAGCUGUUACAUCCUCAACUGCAGCUCAAUGGUGGCAGCAUCCAGCCUUUCAUUUGAUAAGAAGGUCCUGAGAGACAUCAUUAAUGAGGUGAAACAGCAGUUUGAAGAAAAGUUGGAUCAGAUGACGCGAGUUAAGAACAGACUGGCUGACAUGAGUGGUACAAGUACGUUUGACAAGUAGUGUGUGCACAAGGAGUCCCAGCUGUACAUUGUGUUCUCCAAUCUGCUCUCCAGCUACUUUUGAUGACUAAUUUAUGUUGUAAAUUGCUAUUUUUUUCUAUGUUUAUGACCGUGAAUAUGGCCAAAUAAGAAGUUUAUGUCAAAUAAAUGGGUAAACAUCCAUGUGAAAUAUUAACACAA